AUGGCCGGCCCCGAGCAGCGCGUCGUCGCCGUCAUCAUGGUCGGCGGCCCCACCAAAGGGACGCGGUUCCGGCCGCUGUCGCUCAACGUGCCCAAGCCGCUCUUCCCGCUCGCCGGCCAGCCCAUGGUGCACCACCACAUCUCCGCGUGCCGCCGCAUCCCCAACCUGGCGCAGAUAUACCUCAUCGGCUUCUACGAGGAGCGGGAGUUCGCGCUCUACGUCUCCUCCAUCUCCAACGAGCUCAGGAUCCCUGUCAGGUAUCUGAGGGAGGAUAAGCCGCGCGGGUCGGCUGGAGGGCUCUACAGCUUCAGGGACUACAUCAUGGAGGACAGUCCGGCACACAUUGUUUUGCUGAACUGUGACGUCUGUUCUAGCUUCCCCUUGCCAGACAUGCUCGAGGCCCAUAAAAAGUAUGGAGGCAUGGGCACUUUGCUAGUCAAUAAGGUAUCUGCGGAGUCAGCCAACCAAUUUGGCGAGCUAGUAGCUGAUCCUGAAACAAAUGAACUGUUACACUAUACGGAAAAACCAGAGACUUUUGUGAGUGAUCUCAUAAAUUGCGGAGUCUAUAUAUUUACACCCAAGAUAUUAAUUGCUAUCGAGGAUGUCCUAAAACAGAAGAAAGACAGAGCUAAUUUGCGCCGUGUAUCCAGCUUUGAAGCUCUUCAAUCAGCAACGAAGGCAAUUCCGGCAGAUUAUGUUAGGUUAGAUCAAGAUAUCUUAUCUCCUCUAGCAGGAAAGAAGGAACUUUACACAUACCAGACACUUGAUUUUUGGGAACAGAUCAAGACCCCAGGGAUGUCUUUGAGAUGCUCUGGCCUAUAUCUCUCCCAGUUCCGCCAUACCUCUCCUCAUCUUUUAGCCUCUGGAGAUGGCAAAAAGGGUGCCACUAUUGUAGGUGACGUGUACAUCCAUCCAUCUGCGAAGGUGCAUCUAACUGCAAAGAUUGGUCCCAAUGUUUCGAUAUCAGCAAAUGCACGCAUUGGAGCAGGUGCCAGGCUUAUCAGUUGCAUCAUUCUGGAUGAUGUCGAAAUUAUGGAGAAUGCAGUUGUCAUACAUUCAAUAGUAGGGUGGAAGUCAACAGUAGGGAAAUGGUCACGUGUACAGGGUGAAGGUGACCACAAUGCCAAACUUGGUAUCACCAUUCUUGGUGAAGCCGUUGAUGUUGAAGAUGAAGUAGUUGUAACUAACAGUAUCGUGCUCCCAAAUAAAACUCUCAAUGCCAGUGUGCAAGAUGAGAUCAUCCUAUAA